GCGGGGCGCGGGCCCGGAUAUGGCGGCUCAAGGCGGGAGCGCGCGGCCGGGCGCGGAGUUGAUCCAGCUCAACGUGGGGGGCAAAAGGUUCAGCACGUCCCGGCAGACCCUGACCUGGAUCUCGGAUUCCUUCUUUUCAAGCCUCCUGAGUGGCCGGAUCUCCACCCUGAAGGAUGAAACGGGAGCGAUCUUCAUCGACCGAGACCCCACCGUCUUUGCACCUAUUCUCAACUUCCUGCGAACCAAGGAGCUGGAUCCCAGGGGCGUCAACAUCUCCCUGCUGCUGCAUGAAGCGGAGUUCUAUGGGAUCACCCCGCUGGUGCGUCGCCUGCAGCUGCGCGAGGAGCUGGACCGCUCGGCCUGCGGGAGCGUCCUCUUCAACGGCUACUUGCCCCCGCCAGUGUUCCCCGCCAAGCGGCGUAACCGGCACAGCGUGGCUGGGCCGCAGGUGGCCGCCCGGCUGCACAGCGCCGCCGAGAGGGCCCCGGUUCGCCGCAGCAACACCCUGCCCCCCACCCUGGGCCAGGCCGGGCUGCUGGGGCGCCUGCUGGAGGAGCGGGGCCUCGGGGCAGGGCCGGCCAGUGACCCUGGCAUGGUCCGAAUCGUCUGUGGGCACCACAACUGGAUCGCCGUGGCCUACGCCCAGUUCCUCGUUUGCUACAGGAUGAAGGAGACGUCGGGCUGGCAGCAGGUGUUCUGCAGCCCGCGGCUGGACUGGCUGAUCGAGCGGGUGGCCCUGAAUGCCAAGGUGCUGGGCGGGUCGCUGGGCGAGCAGGACAAGAUGGUGGCCGUGGCGUCCUGCAGCGAGAUCAUCCUCUGGGCCCUGCCGGCCGACGGCAACGGCAGCGAGAUCGGCGUGUUCCACCUGGGCGUCCCGGUCGAGGCGCUUUUCUUCGUGGGCAGCCAGCUCAUCGCCACCAGCCACACGGGCAAGAUCGGCGUCUGGAACGCGGUCACCAAGCACUGGCAGAUCCAGGACGUGGUUCCCAUCAGCAGCUACGACGCGGCCGGCACCUUCCUGCUGCUCGGCUGCCACAACGGCUCCAUCUACUACGUGGAUGUGCAGAAGUUCCCCCUGCGCAUGAAGGACAACGACCUGCUGGUGACGGAGCUGUACCGCGACCCCUCGGAGGACGCCGUCACCGCCCUCAGCGUCUACCUCACCCCCAAGACAAGCGACAGCGGGAACUGGAUCGAGAUCGCCUACGGGACCAGCUCGGGGACGGUGCGGGUGAUCGUGCAGCACCCGGAGACCGUGGGCUCGGGGCCCCAGCUCUUCCAGACCUUCACCGUCCACCGCAGCCCCGUCACCAGGAUCAUGCUGUCCGAGAAGCACCUCAUCUCGGUCUGUGCCGAUAACAACCACGUCCGCACCUGGACGGUGACGCGCUUCCGCGGCAUGAUCUCCACGCAGCCGGGCUCCACCCCGCUGGCCUCCUUCAAGAUCCUGUCCCUGGAGGACCUCGAUGGGCACGCAGGCUGCAGCGCCGGCACCGACAUCGGGCCCUUCGGGGAGCGGGACGACCAGCAGGUUUUCAUCCAGAAGGUGGUUCCGGACGCCAGCCAGGUCUUCGUGCGUCUCUCCUCCACCGGCAAGAGGAUCUGCGAGGUGCGCUCCGUGGACAGCACGGCCAUCACCUCCUUCACGGUGCACGAGUGCGAAGGCUCCAGCCGCAUCGGCUCCCGGCCGCGCCGCUACCUCUUCACGGGCCACGCCAACGGCAGCCUCCAGAUGUGGGACCUCACCACCGCCAUGGAGAUGCUGGGCAAGCCGCCAGAGGUGGGGGGCCUGACGGAGGAGGAGCUGCUGCAGCAGCUGGAGCAGUGCGACCUGGCCCUGACGCGCACUCCGGACAUGAGCCCAGCCUGCUCCUGCGCUCACCCCGGCACGCCCCAGGCCUCCAGCACCAGCCUCCAGUCCCAGGGCAGCGACGGUGCCCGAGACAGACCCGCCAAGGGGGCUGCCAGCCCUGGGCUCCUGCUGAGCUCUGCCCGCGGAAGCCUGCUGGUGCCCAGACCCCGUGAGGGCCCCUUCCCGGUGCUGACGGCCAGCCAGAGCUCCCUGAACCGCGGCGAGGGCCCCGCGCCGGAGCCCUGCCCCCGGCGGCCAGCAGAGGGGCCGGACGGCGACCCCCGGGCUCCCCACGGGCUGCGUGGGGGGGGCAGCUUCGUCGAGCGCUGCCACGAGCUGGCCCGCUCCUCCGGGCUCGAGGGCAGGUGGCCUGGCCCAGCCGGGGAGCCUGACGGGGGGCGCCUUGGAGCCAAGGGCAGGGUCCUGCUACGUGCCCCCGGCAUGCCAGCCCGCAGGCCCCCCGGAGCCAGCCCCACCCCCUCUGUCAGGACCCUGCCCCCCGCCCUGCCGGGGUCCGGCUCCUCCUCCUCCCCCCCCUCGGCAGCCAGCGAGGCCCUGCCUAUCGUCCCGCUGGCAGCGCCCAAAGCCCAGCUCAACGAGACCUCGUUUUAGCAUCCGCGGAUCCGGCCUGGCCGUGACUGACUCACCACAGAGGCCUUACGCCCGCUGCCCGACUCAGGCUCUGCGCAGCUCGGCCGGCCGGCCGAUGCCCCGGACUCGGCCACCCCGGGACCUGCCGCAAGCCAGGGGCCAGGGGCCCUCUGCAGCCGUGUCCUGCUGGGGCUGCCCUGCUGGGCCGGGCCGGGCACCCUGCCCGAGGCAGGAUCACGCUCCGCUCACAGAGCGAUGGAUUGGCUGGCGUCCCUCCUCCCGGGGGCUACCUCCGCCCCCUCGCUGGGCUCGCUGGCCCAGGAGGGGAAAUCCUACUGCAGGUGGGAAAAGGUCCCCGCUGGUGGGCGGGGCCUAAGCCUGGUGGCUCCUCCCACCCUACAGCAAGCCAAAGCCUAUUGGCAGAAAUAAGGGGGCGCUGUGCCGGGGGUGGGGCCCAGGUGCGGCUUCCAAGGCAAAUACACCCGCGUUCCCCACGCUCUGCCUGCGUGUGUGUGUGUGUGUGUGUGGCUGGGGGGCCGGCCCCCCGCGCGACAUCAGUGGUGCUGGGUUCCGAACUCGCCCCCUCUCCUGGCAGCGGAGGGCUUGGCUGGGCUGCAGGCCUGUCGCUCGGCAGCCGGCGUGGGGCAGACCCAGCUCCCUGGCACGCCUGGGUGGGCCCUGGCCAUUACUGGCCCCACAGCCAGGUCCGGGCCGUGCGGGGAGAGGAGCCGGCCCUGUGGGAGCUG